AUGGCCAGAGAAGGAGGUUCCAAGGGUCGCGGAGGUGGAGGAGUUGCUGGCGCUGGCGCCAAGACUUGCAACAAGUGCUACCAAGUCGGACAUCUUGCAGCGAACUGCUAUGCUAAUGGACAGGCGAGUAGGAACCCCCCUAAGCAGUGUGGAAAGUGUAGCAAGACCGGCCAUCUCACGGCAGAGUGUCGCCAAGGCAAAGGUGCCAAUACUGCGGCGAAGCAUUUCGCCUGCACAGUCUGCAAGAUGAACAACCACACGACAGCAGACUGUACGAGGAAAGGCAAGGCAGGUUCAACGACCAAGACUGGACCCAGGGUGACAAGACCGUGUAGGUGGUGCAGCGAGAUGCACCUGGACCGCGACUGUCCCGUCAAGGGCGGAAAUUACGGCGGAAGCAGCACGAGUCACGACGAGGAUGUCAUUAUGGUCGAUGCCUUCGGACCGGCAUGGGUCGAUCCUGCUUGCCAUCACUGCGGCGUCCAGCACUUCUCCAACGACUGCCCUUCCAUCCUCCUCCACCCGCAGCCAGGACAGUUCCGAUUCCCGCGCUUCACGGCCCCGACCCAGCCAGGCAAGACUGUUUGGGACGCCGCGCACCAUCGCGAUGAGGAGGACGACAAUGGCGACGCGUAUUCACACUUCCGCUUCGUUAACCAUAACCUGAACACGGCGUUCUACAUUUCUUUCAAGAUGGUUGUAGGAAACCCGCAAGAGGAAGUCCGGGUAGAUGCUGAUGGGGAUGUCAUCAUGACAAGUGACUGGUAA